AUGCAGAGGAACGGGAGCAGGCUGUUGCUACUGACGGCGAGAAACGAUACGGAAAUAAUCAAACGGGGCAUUGCCAGGAUACCGCACUGGGAAUACCAUAUUAGAUUUGAUCCAAAGGAAGGUCGUAAAAGGCCCUGUCAAGAUGUUCUGGACCGAUUCAAACGACUCAACAACGGUAUGUGGAUUCGCGCUCAAAUGGGUAGGAAUACGAAACGCUAUCAGAAAGAUGAGACAUUCUUGAAGACAAGUUAUUACUACGAGACAUGCUCGCCGGAAGAGUGUUGGAUGCUCGAUCGCAUGAUGACGCCGUUUUGGCUGCGGCCUAAGUAUUAUGUCGAUGAUCCAUAUGAGGUUUCUUCUGUGCACAUUUUGAUUAUUGAAAAUCAUUCCCAGAAAAACACGCAAAAAAUGGGGUGA